AUGGCAGCCAAGCGAACAGACACAAAUGUGCUUCUUCCUCGAGGUUCGAUCGGCUCGAGAGUUGAGAGAGGGAAGGGAGACUGCGAGUGGGCCCAAGGAGUGAAACGAUACGUGUGGAGAAUCGAGACCUCGAGGGCUCCAUUUUCUCUUUUUUUUCUCUCGCUAACAAAUGCAGCAAAAUUUGCUAUUGGUCCACCGUUCCAUUUCCCCAACCGCGCCUCCUCUAAACCCCUCCUCUCGCCCGCCGCCGGCGCGCCGACAUGGCCGUCCACCACCUCCUCCGCCGCGGGGUCUCCAGCGGCUCACAGAUCCACCCUCUCCGCGGCCUCUUCCACGCCUCCCAGGUACCGGCGGCUCCUCCCCUCGCCCUCACCCACUGCCCUCGCCGUCACAGAGGUCCUUGAUUUCGUGCGUGCUUCUUUCCCGGCGGCGCAGGAGCUUGGGCAGCACCCGUUGAGCUCGGCGGCGGCGGGAGACGCAGCGGCCGAGCUGAGGGGCGCGCGGGAGGACGUCAGGCAGCUGCUCAAGGCCACCUCCUGCCAUCCCAUCCUGGUUCGAUUAGGUUGGCAUGAUUCUGGUACCUAUGACAAGAACAUGGCUGAGUGGCCCAAGUGUGGUGGAGCUAAUGGUAGCUUGAGAUUUGAAGUCGAAUUAAAGCAUGGAGCCAAUGCUGGUCUUGUGAAUGCUCUGAAGCUGAUCCAACCGAUCAAGGACAAGUUUUCAGGUGUUACCUACGCAGAUCUGUUUCAGCUUGCCAGCGCCACAGCCAUUGAGGAAGCAGGUGGCCCCAAAAUUCCCAUGAUCUAUGGAAGGGUUGACGUUACUGCCCCUGAACAAUGCCCACCAGAGGGGAGGCUUCCUGCUGCUGGCCCACCUUCACCUGCGGAACAUUUGCGUGAAGUAUUCUAUAGAAUGGGCCUGAAUGACAAGGAAAUUGUUGCACUGUCAGGAGCUCAUACGCUUGGACGGGCAAGACCAGAGCGUAGUGGCUGGGGUAAACCAGAAACAAAGUACACUAAAGAUGGGCCUGGUGCACCUGGAGGGCAAUCUUGGACAUCUCAAUGGCUCAAGUUUGACAACAGCUAUUUCAAGGCUAUCAAAGAAAGGCGAGAUGAGGACCUCCUAGUUCUGCCUACUGAUGCUGUGCUAUUUGAGGAUUCCUCAUUCAAGAUCUAUGCUGAGAAAUAUGCCACGGAUCAGGAUGCAUUUUUCGAGGACUACGCUGAAGCUCAUGCCAAAUUAAGCAAUCUUGGGGCCAAGUUUGACCUGCCAAAGGGUGUCUCGCUUGAGUAG